UGGCCAGGAUGGAGAACCAACCAUUUCCAUGUAAGUCUGAAUUUGGAAUCUGAGCCAUCAGAAUCAGAACCAAAAAAAGCUUCAUCCAGAAAGAAUGGCCUCCGUUCCAUCCCUGUUUUCCAACUCGUCACGAUAUCGAAUCGGUGAUUCCACACUUCUCCGACGUAACAGAAAAGGCAUUUGUAUAUGCAGAAAUGAGCUUGUUCUCUGUUCCAGGAAAAGCGAAACUGAACAAAAAUCAAGCUUGCGCCUCCAUGGACAGGGAACUAAAAGGAGACAGGCGUUGUUGCAGAUCAUCUUUGGUGCAUUUUCUUUUCCAUCCAUUGCUGUUGCUAAUGCUUCGGCAGAUACAGAUUUACAAGAGGAUUUCCGCAUUUACUCGGAUGAUACCAAUAAGUUCAAGAUAUCGAUUCCCCAAGACUGGCAAGUUGGUGCAGGAAAGGCUGAUGGAAUCAGAUCAGUAACUGCUUUUUAUCCUGGGGAGGCUUCUAGUUCUAAUGUAAGCGUUUUAAUCACGGGGCUUGGUGCGGAUUUUACCAGAUUAGAAUCGUUUGGCAAGGUUGACGCUUUCGCUGAGAAUCUGGUUUCUGGAUUGGACAGAAGCUGGCAGAGGCCUCCUGGCUUGGCAGCAAAACUCAUUGACUCUAAGACUACAAAUGGCUUAUAUUACAUCGAGUAUUCACUGCAAAAUCCUGGAGAAAGUUGCAGGCACAUAAUUUCUGUAAUUGGGAUGGCAUCAAACGGUUGGUACAACAGAUUAUAUACUGUAACAGGGCAGUAUGUGGAAGAAGAAUCAGAAAAAUACCGAUCCAAAAUUGAGAAGUCUGUCUUGUCAUUCAGGUUCAUCUGAGGCGACUUAAGAGGCUGGAGUGCUGGGAAGCUAGUACAUCUGAGAUUACUUCAUUUCUCUUAUUUAUUGUUGGGAAAAAAAUGUAAAGGUAACAAUCUGUCUUAACAUCUGAUGAAAUUUUGGAACAAAACAAGCCUGGAAAUGGUGAAAAGGAGUUAAAAAAAAUUUCAUUAAAUUGCAAGAAUGCCUCUUCACUGUAAUGGAAUCUAUUGUCAUCUCCAUAAUGAAAAAUGAAGCUUUGAAAUCCAGUUAA